UUAGGUUGGAAUGUGUGAGGAUGAUUUCUCAGAAUGGCAAAACUUUGUCAAGACAGGUCUUUUAUUAAAAAACAAAAACAAAACCAAAAGCAAACAACAACCAUAUACAACCAUAAAACAAAACACAUCCCAGCUCCUUUUUUCAUGGCGAUCGAUCAUUCCUAAUAGCCGCGAGUCCCAAUCUGGGACCCCUCUCUUGCUUGCGGUUUGCUUAGAAAAUUAACGCGCUGAGGCCGGGUACCGGCUUCUGGCCGAGGCUAGGGAGGCUUCCUGGACGGUGGCUGCUGCCGCUAGCAGCCUAGUAUGCCUGCGUCCACCUGCCUACUUACUUGCGAGAUUUGGAGGCGCAGUUGGAGCCAUUCCCACGCCCGAUCCUUCGAAGUAGUAAACUGCGCACUUUCUUUUUAACCUCAUUUCACCUCAGCCCUAGUCGCGUUUCCUUUCCACGCAGCACGCUUCAAGUGGAGUAAAGAUUGUAGCGUUUCAUCUCAUGCUCAAACUCUAAACAAAACUUUCACACCUCUGAGUUUUGAGGACCCGCUGUCUCUGGAAGGGGAGGACAGGAACAUGAGUGGCACUCGGGCGGUUCGUCAGCCGCACUUGGGCUUCUGAUGGGUCAUGGAAGGCGCCCAGGGGAUGUUUUGGGAGCAGAGGAGCGGGGUGGGUCUGGCCCGGGCUCACUUUGAGAAGCAGCCGCCUUCUAAUCUGCGGAAAUCCAACUUCUUCCACUUCGUCCUGGCCCUCUACGACAGACAGGGCCAGCCCGUGGAGAUUGAGAGGACGGCGUUUGUGGGGUUCGUGGAAAAGGAAAAAGAAGCCAACAGCGAAAAGACCAAUAAUGGAAUCCACUACCGGCUCCAGCUCCUCUACAGCAAUGGGAUAAGGACUGAGCAGGAUUUCUACGUGCGCCUCAUCGACUCCAUGACAAAACAAGCCAUAGUGUACGAAGGCCAAGACAAGAACCCUGAAAUGUGCCGAGUGUUGCUCACACACGAGAUCAUGUGCAGCCGCUGUUGUGACAAGAAAAGCUGUGGCAACCGAAAUGAGACUCCCUCAGAUCCAGUGAUAAUUGACAGAUUCUUCCUGAAGUUUUUCCUUAAAUGCAACCAAAACUGCCUAAAGAAUGCAGGAAACCCACGUGACAUGCGGAGAUUCCAGGUCGUGGUGUCUACCACUGUCAACGUGGAUGGCCAUGUCCUGGCAGUCUCCGAUAAUAUGUUUGUCCACAAUAACUCCAAGCACGGGCGGAGGGCUAGGAGGCUUGACCCCUCGGAAGGUACGCCCUCUUAUCUGGAACAUGCAGCUACUCCCUGUAUCAAAGCCAUCAGCCCGAGUGAAGGAUGGACAACGGGAGGCGCGACUGUGAUCAUCAUAGGGGACAAUUUCUUUGAUGGGUUACAGGUCAUAUUCGGUACCAUGCUGGUCUGGAGUGAGUUGAUAACUCCUCAUGCCAUCCGUGUGCAGACACCUCCUCGACACAUCCCUGGUGUUGUGGAAGUCACAUUGUCCUACAAGUCCAAGCAGUUCUGCAAAGGGACACCAGGAAGAUUCAUCUACACAGCGCUCAAUGAACCGACCAUCGACUACGGUUUCCAGAGGUUACAGAAGGUCAUUCCCCGGCAUCCUGGUGACCCAGAGCGCUUGCCGAAGGAAGUGAUCCUUAAAAGGGCCGCAGAUCUUGUUGAAGCUCUGUACGGGAUGCCCCACAACAACCAGGAGAUUAUCCUGAAGAGAGCUGCUGACAUCGCAGAGGCUCUGUACAGCGUCCCUCGCAACCACAACCAGCUCCCAGCCCUUGCUAACACUUCGGUCCAUGCAGGGAUGAUGGGAGUGAAUUCCUUCAGUGGACAACUGGCUGUGAAUGUCUCCGAGGCAUCACAAGCCACCAAUCAAGGUUUCACCCGCAACUCAAGCAGUGUGUCACCACAUGGGUACGUGCCGAGCACCACCCCACAGCAGACCAACUAUAACUCUGUCACCACGAGCAUGAACGGCUAUGGCUCUGCUGCCAUGUCCAAUUUGGGCGGCUCCCCAACCUUCCUCAAUGGCUCGGCUGCCAACUCACCCUAUGCCAUCGUGCCAUCCAGCCCCACCAUGGCCUCGUCUACGAGCCUCCCCUCCAACUGCAGCAGUUCCUCGGGCAUCUUCUCCUUCUCACCAGCCAACAUGGUCUCCGCCGUGAAACAGAAGAGUGCAUUUGCACCAGUUGUCAGACCCCAGACCUCCCCGCCUCCCACCUGCACCAGCACCAAUGGGAACAGCCUGCAAGCAAUAUCUGGCAUGAUUGUUCCUCCCAUGUGAAAGAAUUGCCUUGAAGAAUUUUAUCAAUGAAGAGGUUGGAUUCUGCUACGAAAGUAAUCUGAUAUGAGUCCCAGAGCGGAACUUUUAACUCAGGCCUUUUUAAGAGGAAUCACACAAUAACUGCAGAUUUUUAAACAAAAUCACCGACCUUGCAAAUACUGAAAUUGGAAAGGGGAUCUGCCAGAGCAGGGUGUUGGUUAAAGCUGUACCCCCAAGUAUCUGGGGGAUAUAUUUAUUCUGUAUUGAUAAAAAGCAAACCCAUGUUUUGUUUUCUUUUUGUUUUUUAAGCUUAACUCUGCAAUCAUUUGUCUUUUAUAAACCAUAAAGCCGCACACAAGGGCCACUAUUAAUAAGACUCCAUGUUUUAAUUUAUGAUGUUUUUAAAGCUGUGUAAGGGGAGAAUGAAGUGGUGGUAUUUACAAAAAAGCUAAAAGGAAAAAAAAAAAAGAAAGAAAAACAGG